AUGGCGGCCACCGAAGCCGUGCUUCACCAUGACCAGGGACCGGCAGAAGGGUCUGGUGUUAACCAGGCUACCAAACCGGAACCCGGAUCCCUACCUGGCUUGGCUGGGAUCUUCAUCCCUCUUAUCUAUGCAAUAGUGUGUGUUCUGGUCAUCCACGUUGUUGUCAACUACACCAAAAACGAGUCUGUCACCAACAUCUACAUCCUCAAUUUAGCCAUUGCAGACGGGCUCUUCAUGCUGGGCCUGCCCUUCCUGGCGAUGCAGAACGCUCUGCUCUAUUGGCCCUUUGGCUCUCUCAUGUGCCGUGUGGUCAUGACGGUGGACGCCAUCAACCAGUUUACCAGCAUCUUCUGCCUGACCGUGAUGUCAUUGGACCGCUACCUGGCUGUGGUGCAUCCCAUCCGUCUGGUGGCGGCGGCCUCGUCUACCCAAGGCAAUUGUUCAACCGACCCUGUUAAAGGAAUACGCCACCGUAUUCCUUUAACCGUCUACCCUGGCUGUAGAUAGGUGGGCCAAUGCAUUU